UUGGCACAUUCUUAUUAGGUUGUGCUGAAUUACAGUAUAUUUUGCUGAAACAUAUUUCAGUAAUCUUGUUAUUUUGCCAUUUUUGCAAAGAGAAGGCUGAUUUCGAGUACACGGAAUGAAACUAAAGUAAUUUCAACCAUACAAUACUGAAAUUACUUUAGUUUCAUACAUACAAAUAGAAAUGUGCAAGACCUCACAUCCUCUGCAAUGCACCUCGACAAUAUUCUUUUUGCAUGCCAGAUCUAUCCCUGGCAAUCUUCUGCAGAUAUAGAUAUAAUAUAUAUAUAUGCCAUUAAGGAAAUAACACAGCUUCUCGGUAUUGUAUGUCCCAAUUAGCAAUGUAUUAAUUAAUUACAUUUAAUUGUGAAAGACACAUUUAGUCUCAAAGCAAUGAAAAGGUAUCCACAGUUUAGUCCACGUUGACUUAUGCAUUUGAUAAAAGUAAAAUCACUAUUGGGAGAAACGUAUAUUCACAAGCCUUAUCGUGUAAUAUUCCAAAAGAAACAACAAGUAGGCCGAGGAAGUAUGUUGUGAAACAGCCUUUAUGAUCCUGUGUCAUCAAACCAAACCCAGCUGUUCCUUAAUGCCUUUUCAGAAUAAAACCAUGUCAUUGAACGGAAUUCGCUCAAAGCCCUGACAGCUGCAUGCCCCGCCCCCUGAAGUGGAUGAGAAGAGGAGUAGCCUCGGGUCGGCCGGACAUACAGGAAGAAGUUGAAUAAGUCUCAAAACAACGUCUUCAAAACAAAUCGACACCAGCUCGUCACUUUCCUGAAGUCUCGCUUCAGUCGCCUCGCUGACAUGUCGAGCAGGAAGCGCGGCGCUGUGUGUGCAGACCGCCGCUGAAGUGGAGACGCGCUACCCGGGAGGACGACUCCCCACGAAGAGAAGACGCCUUUCCAAAUGGAGACACCGGGACGCGUGUGAAACGUGCACCGAGUGAACAUGUCAGAGCACAGGUCCAGCUUCCUCCACAUCGGAGACAUCGUGUCUCUGUGCGCGGAGGGCUCGGUGAAUGGCUUCAUCAGCACUUUGGGGCUUGUUGAUGACAGGUGUGUGGUCCAGCCUGAUGCUGGAAACCUGGCCAACCCACCCAAAAAGUUCAGAGAUUGCCUCUUCAAGGUGUGUCCCAUGAACAGGUACUCGGCCCAGAAGCAAUUCCGGAAGGCAAAACAAGGAAAACAAGGAAACAACAACACACAGGGAGACCUGUUUAAGAAGUUACAGCAUGCAGCAGAACUGGAGCAGAAGCAGAAUGAGACUGAGAACAAGAAGCUCCUUGGAGAAGUUGUGAAAUACAGCAACGUCAUCCAGCUCCUGCACAUUAAGAGCAAUAAGUACCUGACGGUGAACAAGCGUCUUCCUGCUCUGCUUGAGAAGAACGCCAUGCGGGUUUCUUUGGACCCGGCCGGGAACGAGGGCUCCUGGUUCUACAUUCAGCCCUUCUGGAAGCUCCGCAGCGAAGGAGAUAACGUGGUGGUUGGAGACAAGGUGGUGCUGAUGCCGGUGAACGCCGGGCAGCCUCUUCAUGCCAGUAACAUCGAGCUGCUCGACAACCCCGGCUGCAAAGAGGUCAAUGCUGUGAACUGCAACACGAGCUGGAAGAUCACCUUGUUCAUGAAGUUUAGCGACUACCGCGAAGAUGUGCUGAAGGGGGGGGACGUGGUGAGGCUGUUUCAUGCCGAGCAGGAGAAGUUUCUGACCGGUGACGAGUACAAGAAGCAGCAGCACGUCUUCCUCAGGACCACGCUGCGGCAGUCUGCCACCUCCGCCACCAGCUCCAAGGCUCUCUGGGAGAUCGAGGUUGUGCACUAUGACCCCUGUAGAGGUGGAGCCGGUCAGUGGAACAGUCUCUUCCGCUUCAAACACCUGGCGACGGGGAAUUACCUCGCAGCAGAGGUGAACCCUGAAUUCAAAGACGGCUCGGUGGAGCCCAGAGGAGAGAAUGAGACGGAUACUUUGUUCUCCAAGAGGAAGCAUCAAGCAGCAGAGAAGAUUGCUUUCACCCUGGUCUCUGUUCCCCAUGGGAAUGACAUCGCCUCUCUGUUUGAGCUGGAUGCCACCACUCUGCAGCGUGCCGACUGUCUCGUGCCCAGAAACUCUUAUGUGAGAUUACGGCACCUGUGUACCAACACCUGGGUGACGAGCACCAACGUCCCCAUCGAUGCAGAGGAGGAACGUCCGGUGAUGCUCAAGAUUGGCACUUGUCCCACUAAAGAGGACAAAGAAGCUUUCGCCAUCGUAUCUGUUCCCCUGUCGGAGGUCAGAGACUUGGACUUUGCCAAUGAUGCCAGCAAGGUCCUGGAGUCCACUGUGAGGAAGCUUCAGUACGGCAACAUCGCUCAGAAUGAGAGGAGGUUUGUGACUAAGCUCCUGGAGGACCUUGUUUUCUUUGUUUGUAUGGUACCAAACAACGGGCAGGAUGUUUUGUCUGUGGUCACAGUCACACCCAACCGAGAGAGGCAGAAACUCAUGAGGGAACAGAACAUCCUUGCACAGAUCUUUGGCAUCCUGAAGGCUCCAUUCACAGAUAAGGGUGACGGUCCGAUGCUCAAGUUGGAGGAUUUGGGAGACCAACGAUACGCUCACUUCAAGUACAUGUUGAGACUCUGCUACAGGGUGCUACGCCACUCCCAACAGGACUAUCGCAAGAACCAGGAAUAUAUAGCCAAAAAGUUCACAAUCAUGCAGUCUCAGAUUGGCUAUGAGAUCCUUGCUGAGGACACGAUCACUGCCCUGCUGCACAACAACCGCAAGCUGCUGGAAAAACACAUCACAGCCAGAGAGAUUGAGACCUUCGUCAAUCUGCUGAGGCGCAACAGAGAGCCCAGAUUCCUGGAUUAUCUGUCUGAUCUCUGUGUGUCCAACAAGACUGCAAUCCCCGUCACACAGGAGCUUAUCUGUAAAUUUAUGCUGAACCCCACCAACGCAGAUAUCCUCAUCCAGACCAAACUAAUCCCGAACACAGAGACCACCCUGGUGUCCUCUCUGCUGCUGCUGGAGGAGGUGGAGGAGGAGGAGGUUUGGCUCUACUGGAUCGACAGCCACAAGGAGCCUCACGGCAAAUCCAUUCGCCACCUGGCCCAGGAUGCCAAGGGCAACCACAAGAUGGAUGUAGACAUCAUCACCUAUUACAGGGAUCAGUUGAACCUCUUUGCUAAAAUGUGUCUGGACCGUCAGUACCUCGCCAUCAACCAGAUCACUUGUCAGCUCCCUGUGGAUCUGAUCCUGCGCUGCAUGUUUGACGACUGCCUGCCCUACAACCUCCGAGCCUCCUUCUGCCGUCUCAUGCUGCACCUGCAUGUGGACCGUGACCCACAGGAGGCCGUGGUGCCUGUACGGUAUGCUCGCCUCUGGACCGAGAUCCCCUCCAAGAUCACCAUCCAUGAUUUUGAGUACGAGUCCACCGACACGUCAAGAGAAGAGAUGAAGAGGAAGUUUGCUCACACCAUGGAGUUUGUUGAAGAAUAUCUUAAAGAUGUGGUCAGCCAGCCUUUUCCAUUUGGAGAUAAACACAAGAAUGAACUCACGCUCGAGGUGGUGAAUCUGGCUCGUAACCUGGUGUACUUUGGUUUCUAUAGCUUCAGUGAGCUACUGCGCCUCACACGCACUCUGUUGGCCAUCCUGGAUAUUGUCCAGCACCCACUGACCUUCAUGAACAAGCUCGACAAGAGCCCAGAGACUGGCAACAAUGUCCUGCGUACGAUCCACGGAGUUGGCGAAAUGAUGACUCAGAUUAUGAUGAGUCGGGGUGUGCCGCACAGCCUCCCUGACACCUCUCCAUCCCUGCGCUACGGGAGAGGACACUUCCUGCCGGAUAAUGAGGAUGUCAUGGUGAUGGACACCAAACUGAAGAUCAUUGAGAUCCUGCAAUUCAUCCUCAGUGUGAGGUUAGAUUAUAGGAUCACAUAUCUGUUGUCCAUCUACAAGAAAGAGUUUGGGGACAAGACCAUAACUGACACCUCCGCCUCUGCGACUGAUUUCAUCCUAAUAACAACUCCGGAACCAGACAUAGAUGAGAUUGCAACCAAAGCAGAGAGCAUGUUUGCAGGGGGCUCAGAAUUAAGUGCAGUGGAGCUGGACGAUGAGGGGGGCAGGACUUUUUUGAGGGUUCUGAUCCAUCUCAUCAUGCAAGAUUACCCCCCACUGGUGUCCGGCUCGCUGCAGCUCAUCUUUAAACACUUCAGCCAGAGAGCCGAGGUCCUGCAGGCCUUCAAACAGGUCCAGUUAUUAGUGUCUGAGCAGGAUGUUGACAACUACAAGCAGAUCAAAGCCGACCUGGACCAGCUCCGUCUGACUGUUGAGAAGUCCGAGCUGUGGGUGGAGAAAAGUGGAGUCUACAGCAGCGAAGAUCUGGGGGUCAGGCAGGUCAAAGAACAAAACAUCGAGGAGGUUGUCCUGAGCCCAGUAGAGGAUGGAGAUAACAAACCUCAAAUUGACUGCAACAAAGCAAACAACUACACCAUCGUCAAGGAGAUCCUACUGAGACUCGGCAAGCUAUGUUAUCCGAGUAAGAAGAGUCGUGUGCAGCAGCAGAGGCUACUGAAGAACAUGGGGGCCCAUACAGUGGUACUGGACCUGCUGCAGAUCCCCUUUGAGAAGAGUGAUGAGAAGAUGAAUGUAGUCAUGACCCUGGCACACACGUUCCUGCAAAACUUCUGCAGAGGAAAUCACCAGAACCAAGUUCUGCUCCAUAAACAAUUGAACCUCUUCCUCACUCCAGGGUUGCUUGAAGCUGAGACGAUGCAUCACAUCUUUAUGAACAACUACCAGCUGUGCCAUGAGAUCAGCGACCGUGUGGUCCAUCACUUUGUCCACUGCAUUGAAACACACGGAAGGCACGUUCUGUACCUCAAGUUCCUGCAAACCAUUGUGAAAGCAGAUGGGAAGUAUGUGAAGAAAUGUCAGGACAAAGUCAUGACCGAGCUGGUGAACGGAGGCGAAGACGUGCUGGUGUUCUACAACGACCGCUCCUCGUUCUCAGUGUUGCUGCAGAUGAUGGGCUCCGAGCGAGAGCGGACGGAUGAGGAUGGAGCUCUGGCCUACCACAACACGCUGGUGGAGCUACUGGCUGCCUGCACCGAGGGCAAGAACGUCUACACCGAGCUGAAAUGCAACUCUCUGCUACCGCUGGACGACAUUGUCAAAGUUGUCACUGAUGUCCACUGUAUACCAGAGGUCAAAACUGCUUAUGUGAACUUUGUGAAUCACUGCUACGUGGACACCGAGGUGGAAAUGAAGGAGAUCUACACCUCCAACCAUAUCUGGAAGCUCUUUGACAACUUCCUGGUGGACAUGUCCAGUGUGUGCAACUCAACCACAGACCGUAACCAUGCAGAUUUGGCCCUGGAGAAGUAUGUGACAGAGACAGUGAUGGCCAUUGUCAAGGGAUUCUUCAGCUCACCUUUCUCUGUCAACCACUCCAACCUGCAGACAAACCAGUCUGUCUUCAUCAAGCUGCUUCAGUCUUCUUUCAGGAUCUACAACUGCACCUGGAUCAACGCGGCUCAGAAGGCUAAUAUAGAGAGCUGUAUCAAAGCGCUGGCUGACGUUGCUAAGGCACGGGCCAUAGCCAUCCCAGUGGACCUGGACAGUCAGGUCAACACUUUGUCCCUGAAGGUCCACAGCAACAUGGUGCAGCGAGCAGCCAAGGACUGGAGGAGCUCUGCCCGCAUACGACCCCGCAAGGAGAAUCUGGGUGGCCCCGACUACAAGAACAUCAUUGAGAAGCUCCAGGGGGUCGUGUCCCUUCUGGAGGAGCAGUUCAGUCCGAAGGUUCAGGCGGAGUUUUCCGUGCUGGUGGAUGUUCUUCAUAGCCCAGAGCUGCUGUUUCCAGAGGCAUGUCGGCUACGCUGUGAGAGUGGAGCUUUCAUGUCCAAACUGAUCAAACACACCAAGAAGCUGAUGGACAAAGAGGAGAAGCUGUGUAUCAAGAUCCUGCAAACACUCAGAGAGAUGAUGGACAAGAAGGAAUGCUUUCAGGAGGCUGGAAACGAGUUGAGAAAGAUCCUCCUCACUCGCUACUUUGGAAAUCAAAAGCUUCUCUCCAAGUCAGAGCUUGGGAGUGGAAACUGCUCAUCUGGCGGCUUUGUCAAGCCGUCAUCCGGAGGAGGUUCUCCCACGCAGGACUCUGACAAGCCAGGCAGUAGUGUGGUGGAGAUCCAGUGUCUCUUGGACAACGUUGGGGCAUCAGAGCUGGUGAUUGAUCUCAUCGUCAACACCAAGAAUGAUCGGGUGUUUGAGGAGAGCAUCCUGCUGGGCAUUGCCCUUCUCCAGGGCGGAAACACACAGAUACAGAACUCCUUCUAUAACCAACUGUACAAGCAGAAGAAGUCCGAGAGGUUCUUCAAAGUUUUUUACGACCGAAUGCGUUUGGCCCAGCAAGAGAUCAGAGCCACCGUGUCCGUCAACAUGUUUGAGCUCAGCUGCAGAAAAAGGGAUGAUGACACUGACGUCAGUAGCCUCAGGUUGAAGAAAGGGAAUGACUCGGGGCUCCAUAUGAGGGAGGACAUGCGAGGACAGCUGAAGGAGGCCUCCUCAGUCACCUCAAAGGCCUUCUGUGCCUUCAGGAAGGAGCUGGAUCCUGACCUCGAAGGUCAGAACAGUGAGAUAGUUGGGGCCGAAGAGGUUUUAGAAGAAACUCGGAUGAGCCAAGCCAUCACCAUCAUGAAACCAAUCCUACGUUACCUUCAGCUGCUCUGUGAGAACCACAAUGCAGACCUGCAGAACUUUCUGCGCAACCAGACCAACAAGACGAACUACAAUCUGGUGUGUGAGACUCUUCAGUUCUUGGACUGUAUUUGUGGAAGCACCACUGGAGGCCUCGGGCUACUGGGCUUUUACAUUAAUGAGAGUAAUGUGGACUUGGUUCGCCAAACCCUGGAAACUAUCACAGAGUACUCCCAAGGGCCCUGCCAUGAAAACCAGAGCUGUAUAGCCAAGCACGAGUCAAAUGGCAUUGACAUAAUUAUUGCACUGAUUGUCAACUCCAUCAACCCCCUGGGCAAGCAUCGACUGGACCUCGUGCUGGUGCUCAAGAACAAUGCCUCCAAGCUCUUAUUGGCUAUCAUGGAGAGUCGCCAUGACAGCGAGAACGCAGAGAAGAUUCUCUACAAGAUGAGACCCACCGAACUGGUGGAUGUAAUGAAGGAAGCCUACGCCCAGGGUCUGGAGAGUGAGGAGGACGAGGACAGUGUUGGAGACAAGAUAAAACCCCGAGAUGUUGGACACAACAUUUACAUUCUGGCCCACCAGCUGGCCCGACACAAUAAGAUCCUGCAGCAGAGCCUAAGGCCCGGUUUGGGGUUGGGUCUGGGUUCACUGGUGGACAAUGAGAAGGAUGACGCACUCCAUUACUAUGCCAAUCACACAGCUCAGAUAGAGAUUGUGCGUCACGACCGCACCAUGGAGCAGAUAGUGUUUCCGGUCCCUAACAUCUGCGAGUACAUCACGGAAGAGUCCAUGGUGCGCGUGUUCACCACCACCGAGAGAGACGACCAGGGAAGCAAGGUCAACGACUUCUUCCAGCAGUUUGAGAACCUCUACAACGAGAUGAGGUGGCAGAAGAAGAUCCGCAGAAAUAAGGCUCUGUUCUGGUUCUCACGACACAUCUCUCUCUGGGGGAGCAUCUCCUUCUACCUGGCCUGCCUGCUCAACAUCGCUGUGGCUGUAUUUUACCCCUUUGGUGAUGAUGGUGAUGAGGGCACCUUGUCCCCCUUCUGGAAUAUCUCGCUGUGGGUGGCGUUGGGGGUGUUCAGCGCACUACUUCCUGUCUUACCUAAGACGCCGGGCAUCUUGUUCUUCCUGGUCUCCCUCAUUCUACGUGCCAUCUACACUAUGGGCCUCGCUCCUGCUCUGCUGUUGCUGGGUGCUGUUAAUCUGUUCAACAAGUUAGUCUUUCUUGUAAGUUUUAUGGGCAACCAGGGGACGUUCACUCGAGGCUACAAAGCAGUUGUUAUGGACAUGCUCUUUCUCUACCAUGUGGGCUAUGCCAUCAUCUGCGUCCUAGGCCUCUUUGUGCACGAGUUCUUCUACAGCUUUUUGUUGUUUGACCUGGUGAUCCGAGAGGAGACGUUGCUCAACGUGAUAAAGAGCGUGACGAAAAAUGGCCGCUCUAUUAUUCUGACUGCCGUUCUGGCCAUCUUCCUCGUUUACUUCUUCUCUAUCAUUGGCUUCCUCUUCCUUAAGGACGACUUCCGAAUGGCGGUGGACCGCCUUCCUGCACCAGCCUGUCAGGGACAAAGGCCCUUUUGGAGACACUCUGGCCCAGGAAAAGGGGAUUUAUUGAGUAACAAUGGAGUUGCUGACACGUGUAUCAAAGAUAGCUGUCCUGUUUCAACACCUAAAAAUGUCCCCGACGAUGGCACAGAGCGGGUGUGUGACACUCUGCUCAUGUGUAUAGUCACGGUUUUGAACCAGGGACUACGCAAUGGAGGAGGUGUGGGAGACAUUCUCCGGAGACCCUCCAAAGAGGAGCCUCUGUUUGCGGCCCGAGUGGUUUACGACCUUUUGUUCUUCUUCAUCGUUAUCAUCAUCGUUCUUAACCUCAUCUUUGGUGUUAUCAUCGACACCUUCGCUGACUUGAGAAGUGAGAAACAAAGGAAGGAGGAGAUCCUGAAAACCACCUGUUUCAUCUGUGGGUUGGAGAGGGACAAAUUUGACAACAAGACGGUGUCCUUCGAGGAACACAUCAAAUCCGAGCACAACAUGUGGCAUUACCUCUACUUCCUGGUUCUGAUCAGGGUGAAGGAUCCGACUGAAUACACCGGUCCUGAGAGCUACGUGGCCCAGAUGAUUGGGGAGAAGAACUUGGAGUGGUUCCCCCGUAUGAGAGCCAUGUCGCUGUUGAGCAGCGAGGGAGACAACGAGCAGAAUGAGAUGCGCUCUUUGCAGGAUAAACUGGACGGCACUGUCACUCUGGUGGCUCAGCUGUCUGGCCAGCUGUCUGAGCUCAAAGAUCAGAUGACGGAGCAGAGGAAGAACAAGCAGCGGCUUGGAUUCCUGGGUCCUCCUCAGCCCAGCCAUCUCACCUCGGCCUCCUGAGCCACUCCAGCGCGACGCGGUGACGGGCAACUCGACUGCAGGCUUGCAGAAGAAACAAGCUAGACAUGCAGAAACACACAAACUACAGCCUUAAGAACAAUACAUAGGCAGACUUGCAAUUACUGAUAUCAAGAUGCAAGAGGUUUAGUGCCUUUUCUAUGACGCAAUCGCUGCGUUAUGGGAUUCAAACUGUGCCUUAUGUGCCCUCUCGGCCACUCUGAGUAUGCUUUACUUGAACACACCCUCAUGCAAAGGAACUCGGCUCUGUGAAUGAUUGGCCAUGCACGACACACAUUUGCCAGUGUGAUGUUAGUGUGCGAGACAGAGGUCGAGGGAGACGUUAAGGUGAGGUUCAUGUUUAAGUGCUGUCAAGUCUGCAGACGGUCACAUCUCGUUCCUUGACCGCCAUCAGCGCUGAUGUGUCGGAGAGCGGACGCAGAGGGCGGGAUUUGCAGUGUUUGAGAAAUUUGGGGGCGUUUGGCCAACAGGGAGAAGAUUCUCUCCUUUUACCUUUUUAGAUUUACGAUGGUAUUUAUGACAAAAUGUGCGGUUCAUAACUGGAGUAUUAUUUUGGUAUCAUGCUGCCUUACUCAUUAACUUUUCUAAACAGUACAUUGCAAACUGCUAAAAGUGCACUUUCUUUUUUCUUUAAGUGCAAAAAUGUAAGCCUGUAACUGGAAACAUUGGUUAGUCAGGGUAUUAUUUUUUCAUGCUUUAUGUUGUCUUUAAAAAUGCCUUUGCUGCACCUUUUCAGUUUUUAAAUAAAUUUAUACAGAGUAUAUAAAUAACAGAAAUGUGAAUAAACAAUAAUAAUUAAGUUUGCAGAACUUACUUGAAAUUUCUUUUAAGUCUAAAUCGUAUAUUGGUACAUAAUGUAGUGGCGAUGGUAAGAUUACAGUUCUGUGUUACAAUAUGAACAUCAUGUCUAUAGAGGUGCCAAUGCUGUAAUAUUGACUAUCUGCUUGUAUCAUCAUGUUUCUUAAACUUUAAUUUUUAUAAUUGUAAAUCAUAGUCUCUCAUGGACUGAAAUUGAUUGUUAAAUCUGACUUUGUGUUUUAAACUUGCACAAACUAAUGGCAGAUUAUAAGUGCAUGCACUCAAUGUUAACUGUCCUGUGACUCUUUCUGUUUAAACAGUGUAUAGAAAAUUGUGUUUUAUUUGAUCAGAUGUUGUAUUAAAUUUGUAACGAGU